AUGUGCAGGGCACUGCCCGAUCAAGCUAUGGUCGUCCUGGGCCAUCUGCUCAUCGAGGGUCCUGUCAAGGCUGAACUGCACAAAUCCUUGGCCCCUUCUGUGGCCGAAGUGGUCAAGGGAAAGCGCCUGCUCCUCCUUGAUCGCAUAGCCAAAUCCCUGCAAUGGCUUGACACCCGCUUGCACCAGGAUAUGACCAGUGGUUUCAAGAUCGUGGGCGAGGAGUUCCCGAGCGGAAUUUUCCCCCUUGAGCCUCGACCAGCGACCCUCACGCCUGAGGAGUUGCUGGCUCAGUCUCGGUCAACCAAGCCCUUGAUCUGGGAACAGAUCAACGACGCUCCGCUGGAUGCGAACUCUCGCGAGCUUUUUGAAAUCACUGAGGCUGAAUACCGCGAGAAGGGAUGGCUUGAGCAACCACGCACUUGGGAGGAACUUGAGCUUUUGUUCGGGGAUUGGCUCCCGGCCAAAAGAUUUGGUGUACGCCAACGCGACAAAUUGCGCCCCAUCGACGACUUAGCUGCCAACGGUGCAAACAGCGCAUUUGCCGCUUGUGACAAGCUCACCUUGCGUGCCUUCGACGAGCUUAAUUGGUGUGCCACUUACAUCAUGCGAGCACUUGUGCAAAAAGGAGCCGUCCACCUUGUCCUCUCCUGUGGUCGGGUGAUCUCGGGACCCCUUCACGACUUCUGGAGGAUCAAGACCGACCGUGCCCGCCCCUUGUUGAAAACUAUCGACUUGAAGGCGGCGUACAAACAGCUACCGCUCCACCCGGAGCAUCGCAGGUUUUGUGUGGUCGCCUUGAAACAUCCGGACAGCGGCCAAGUGCGGGGCUACGCAUCGAGAGUCCUGCCCUUCGGGGCCUCGGGGAGCGUGACUUGCUUUAACAGGGUUGCACGCCUGAUCCAACGGAUUCUUCAGGAAGCCUGGAUCUUGAACUGUAACUAUUUUGAUGAUUUUCCGGUGUUGGAGUUAUCCGCCCUGUCGGGGAGCGCCGACUCCACUGCCCACUGCAUACUUGACCUACUCGGCUUCGAGUGCUCUACCGAGAAGGAAGAGCCGUUCAAGAGCAGUGCCGACGUCUUGGGAGUCACGGUAGACCUCUCUUGUGAAGACUUGUCCGAGGUGCGUGUGCGCAACCGGGAGGUAAAGUGCUGUGAGGUGCCUCUGUCGAUGAGGUUCUUGAUAGGGGCGCCAUCCGGUCUGCGGAAAUCGCUUCUCUCUUCGGGAGGAUUCAGUUUCUUGAAGGGCAACUCAUGGGACGCCUGGGGCGACUGGCUUUGUCUGAGCUUCGCUCCCUCGGGACUUCCGGGGGAAUCCUCAAGCUCGGGGACUGAGAACCGUUUGCUUCAUGGGCCGCCCCGGGCGAUCUCCGCUCGCCCACCUGGGGCGAAUGUUAUUGUGUUUACAGACGGAGCUUGCGAGCCGGAGGGUGAUAGCAUGCUGUGCUCCAUCGGUGGGGUGCUGUAUGUUGAGAGCUCCGGCAAGUGGGCCACUCGAUACUUUGGCUGCCGACUGCCCGACUCGCUUGUUAAGACUUGGAGUGCUUCUGGGAAGAAACACUUGAUAGGGCCUGUUGAAUUGUACGCAGUGACCACGGCAAGACUGUUGUGGCGAGAGUAUCUUGAUUUCGCCAAAGGCAUUUUCUUCAUCGACCACGCCGGUGUGCACGCCGCGUGCGUCAAUGGAUCGUCGCACGAUCGUCUCUGGCGGCUCAUCCUUUUGAAGCUUGAGGAAGCGGAUGCCAAACCUAUGAUCGCCUGGUAUGCCCACGUUCCCAGCCAAAGCAAUCCUGCAGACCCUCCGUCUAAGGGGUCCGGCCUUUUCCCAGUUUGGGGCACAUGCUCGAGGGAUCAUCCGAAGUGCUGCAUAUCCGGCGAGCUCUUGAGUUCGUUUGGUGAGACGGGAGUUUGUUGA